UAGCUCUCCGACAUAUUGUUUGUGUGAGAGAAGCAAAUUCUCGAAGGCAAGGAGAUAGAGGGGAUUACUUACAUUUUAUUUAUUAGCAAGGGAGAGUUUUUCGCAUACAUAAGACAGUAUGGAGACGGCAGCGAGUCCUGCGAAGGAUAACUACAGGAUGAACCGCUACAAGAACAAAGCGCUGAACUUGGAGGAGAUGCGGCGUCGGCGGGAGGAGGAGGGCAUCCAGCUCAGGAAACAGAAGCGGGAGCUGCAGCUUUUCAAAAGGAGAAACGUGGAGCUGCUGAACGAGGAGGCGGCCACGUUCGAAUCUCCCCUCAUGGACCCGUUCUUUACGUCUGCCUCCAACCCGGAUGGAGUCAUCACAAGAGACAUGGUGGAGAUGCUUUUCUCCGACGACCCAGAACUCCAGCUAGCCACAACACAGAAGUUUAGGAAGCUACUAUCCAAAGAGCCCAAUCCACCCAUAGAUGAGGUCAUCAGCACACCCGGGGUAGUGAAUAGGUUUGUGGAGUUCCUCCAUAAAAGCACCAAUUGCACAUUACAGUUCGAGGCGGCCUGGGCUCUCACCAACAUCGCGUCCGGCACGUCCCACCAGACCAAGGUGGUCAUCGAGGCCGGGGCUGUGCCAGUCUUCAUCGAGCUCCUCAACUCCGACUUUGAAGACGUCCAGGAGCAGGCGGUGUGGGCCUUAGGCAACAUUGCGGGCGACAGCGCCAUGUGCAGAGACUACGUGCUGAACUGCAACAUCCUCCCGCCACUACUAACACUGCUGACCAAAUCGACCAGGCUGACCAUGACCAGGAACGCUGUGUGGGCCUUGUCCAACCUCUGCAGAGGCAAAAGCCCACCGCCUGACUUUGAAAAGGUGUCCCCGUGUCUGCCCGUGCUGUCGCGCCUGCUCUUCAGCAGCGACAUCGACCUGCUGGCCGACGCCUGCUGGGCUCUGUCCUACCUCUCGGACGGGCCCAACGAGAAGAUCCAGGCCGUCAUCGACUCGGGCGUCUGCCGGAGACUGGUGGAGCUACUCAUGCACACAGACUACAAGGUGGCCUCACCUGCACUGCGAGCUGUGGGGAACAUCGUCACCGGCGAUGACAUUCAGACUCAGGUGGUGCUGAACUGCUCGGCUCUGCCCUGCCUCCUCCACCUCCUGAGCAGCGCCAAGGAGUCCAUCAGGAAGGAGGCGUGCUGGACCAUCUCCAACAUCACAGCAGGGAACAGGGUUCAGAUCCAGACCGUAAUAGAUGCAAACAUCUUCCCCGUACUCAUCGACAUCCUGCAGAAGGCAGAGUUCCGCACCCGGAAGGAGGCGGCCUGGGCCAUCACCAACGCCACCUCAGGGGGAACCGCUGAGCAGAUCAGGUACCUGGUGAACCUUGGUUGCAUUAAGCCCCUCUGUGACCUGCUGACGGUGAUGGACUCCAAGAUCGUGCAGGUGGCCCUGAACGGCCUGGAGAACAUCCUGCGGCUGGGGGAGCAGGAAGCCAAGCAAAGUGGCACUGGCAUCAACCCCUACUGCGGCCUUAUCGAGGAGGCCUAUGGACUGGACAAGAUCGAGUUCCUGCAGAGCCACGAGAACCAGGAGAUCUACCAGAAGGCCUUCGACCUGAUCGAACACUACUUUGGUGUGGAAGAGGAGGAUGCCAACCUGGCCCCACAGGCUGAUGAGAACCAGCAGCAGUUCCUCUUCGCUCAGCAGGAGGCCCCCAUGGAAGGCUUCCAGCUAUAACCACUCCCCACCCCCAACCCCCCUUCCUUCUCCACUCUGGUCCCUCUUAGAUAUCCAGCCCUGUUUCCCUUGUGUAUUCCCUGAUCAAUCAGAGCUGUGCGGAACACAGAACCGUGCGGCUGGGCCCGAGGGCAGAAUCGAAAGAACCCAGCAGCACCCCAAUACUAUCAGAUACACACAGAAGUGAAAGGGCCCGCCCCUACCCCUCCCCAUCCCGUACCCCCCUUAUGGCUAGGUCAGAGACUUGUUCAGAGGAAGAAUAUCACUGCUGAAACCUGAAAUAAUUUCAAGUUUUAUUUAAGGUCUUUUAGUUCAGUUUUUUUAAUUUAAUUUAUGUAUUUUCCGUGGGCCCGUGCCGUUUACUUUCAAAGCACAUCCCCAUUAGGUCAAAGUUUAAAACUGAGGCUUUUACCUGAAAGAGUUCUCAAUUAUUUUCUAAAAGAAGAUGGCGAAUGUUGCUUAAAACACUGCCCUGUCCCCCACAGCUUUUUUUUUUUCCCUUUAAAUAUAUACAAUUAUUUUCUCCCCGUCACCAAGCUUUAGCCCUAUUCCCUUUUGUAAUUAUGGUCAACCGGAUCCAUGCUGCUUUCCAUAUGGAUGUGGAAUCUGGUUUCCACGGAGCUGCAGGGUACAAUUCAAAAAGCUUUCAAGACUUAUCCCAGAUUCAUUUUUUUUUUCGUGGGGGUUAUUUAGGGAAGAGUGUGAACAUUUAGUUUGCGACUCAAGGUCUCUGACGUACACACACUGUGGGCAAUGUUCAAUCGACACAAUUAUUUUCUUCUCUCUCUCUCUCUCUCUCGCUCUGUCUUUUGGCUGAGCGUGAGGUGGGUCUUGAAAUGAUGCAAAUAGGCGUAAGACGUUGGCAAGGGGAGGCGUCGUGAAAUAGACGUUGACGAAACGAGGGACGUCAUGGUGAAACAUAGGAAGGUUUAAGGAUGACAUCUAGGUUAGUAGCUAAUCAGGAAUGGUAAAACUAGCGCUAUGUUGUUCGUGGUGUGCAGUGUUCUAAAUAAUGACGCAUUUGACAUAUGAAGUGAAUUAAUUAUAUAAUGCAAGAAUAAUAACAGAAAAAAAUAACAAUGCAAAUCUGAGGGCUAGGACUUUACUUUACCAUAGUGACUUUGUUUCAGAUUCUUUGGUUGCUUAUAAUUU